AUGCCUAUCGUCAAGUACCCCAGAACAGUCGACCCUCUUUGGUACGAAUGGGACAGGAAAGCCCAGAAAUGUGGACUGAGACACACGGUUUACGCUGUGAACGGGGAUCGCUACACCGGGGAAUGGCUGGACAAUCUGAAACACGGCAAAGGCACCCAAACGUGGAAACGCACCGGGGCGAUCUACAGCGGGGACUGGAAGUUCGGGAGAAGGGAAGGCUAUGGGACAUACAGCAUUCCUGACCCCGUCACUAAAGAAUACAAGAAAAUGUAUGCGGGCUGGUGGAAAAAUGACAAGAUGUGGGGCUACGGGAUUAAGUUUUAUUCAGAUAAAGAGUAUUACGAAGGAGAAUGGAAUGCGGGGAAGAGAGACGGCUGGGGACGGAUGUACUACCAGGACGGGGCCAUCUACGAGGGCCAGUGGUCGGAAGACACGCCGGGGGGCCAAGGGCUCUUCCGCAUGAAGAAUGAAAACCGGUACGAAGGUUCCUGGAAGGACGGGAAGAAAAAUGGGCCAGGAAAGUUCUUCUAUUUGGAUUCCGGGCAGCUCUUUGAAGGGUUCUGGGUGGAUGAUAUGCCGAAGUGCGGAACCAUGAUCGACUUUGGCCGCGACGAAGCACCCGCACCAACGAAGUACCCGAUUCCAAAGAUCGAACUGGCAGACCCGGAGGGCGUGCUGGAGGAGGCCAUUGCAAGGUUCAACAACACCGAAGAGUGA